AGUCACGUGGUGCAGCGGGUGGUCGGAGUGGCGACCAUGGAACUCCCAGUGGUCAGCCUGAAGAUGAUCCUCAUAGUCCACUGGCUCCUGACAACUUGGGGUUGCCUGAUACAAUGGCUUCCAGUACCCUACCUUUGGAGCAAUUACACUGUUUUGGCCAUUGGUGUUUGGGCUGUUGCUCAGAGAGACUCUGUGGAUGCUGUUGCUAUGGUUCUGGUUGGCAUGUUACUGACCAUUCUGACAGACAUCAUCCACAUUGCUGUCAGUUACGAGCGUUCAGCAGCAGGUCAAGUAACAGCCAUUCAAGACCAGUUCCGCUUCAGUGUUGGCAUGGCCAUUCUCAGCCUCCUUUUGAAGCCAGUUUCCUGUCUCUUUGUGUAUCAGAUGUAUAAAGAGCGUGGAGGAGACUACAACCUGAACCUUGGUUUCCCAGAUUUAAGUGGUAAUCGGGAUCGAACUUCAUACCAGACCAUCGAUACUCAGGAGCCGCAUCACCAGCCUGGCACAUCCGCAGGCAGCAAGACAGCUUCAGAAAACUAUUAAAGUUGUAAGAUGUACAUGAUGUACAAUACCAUGUAUAGAUACUAUGUGCCUUAGGUUUACAGGAAGCACUGUUGGCUUAUGUUUGUAAUGGUCAGUCCAAAUGCUCAGUGUAUGUCUUGCUAAGUAAGGGUGAGUUGCUCUCAUUAUACAAAAGCAGCAGCUGUCUCUCAGGCUACAGUGGGUGCAGUGCUCAAUGCCACUAUGGUAAUGGGACUGUAUAAAAAUGGGAUCCCCGAUUGAAGUCGUAGAAUAUUAUAAUUAGUCUGAUAGUUGCCUGCCAAUUUUGCUGAGUCUGCAGCUGAAUGAAACAAAAAUAUUUUCCCGUGAUUGAGUGGGGCGGGACAGGGCAGGGGUGGCAGAAAAAGAUCAGAAACUGGCCCAGUGCUUUUGGGUUUGAAUGGGGAAAUAGCCAGGGUUCCUGCACCUGAUUGCUAUGGACUUACCCUGCACGGGGGAAGAGGAGGGGGGAGGAAAAUAGUGCCAAUUAAAUCAAAUAAAUGUUACUUUGUACCCCUUGACUGCUUAGCAAUGAGAAUAUGAAACUGCCAAAUCUCAGGGGGCCAAUGUUGCUUUAUAUGUGACCCCCGGGGUCUCUCGUGUGUGUCUCACCUUGACGGUUACCCAAUUUCCUCGCACGGCGUCGUCUUCCUUGAGGGGAAAGCGCCUCAGGAAACUGGAGCUUGGCAGUGGGUGAUGGAUCCUGUAGCCAUGGUGACGAGAGCUGGCGCUCCUCUCGCCGCUCCUCUCGUCCUAUCGAUGCUUAAACACGGCUCUGCGAUUCUCGUCGAGUUUAUUUGCUGGCUCCUUCGAAAUUAUCGGCGUGGAGAUAAUUUAAAGGCCAGGUCCGUUCCGUGCCUUAGUUCCGACGAUACUCAAGUUCUGUGUGAAGUGCAAUGUAAUUUGUGGUCCGCUACAUCUGUUGAUUGCCGACGAAAGCCAUUAAAAAGUACAGACCGCUGU